CGUUUUGGCAGAGAGUGCCGGUGGCAGCGGUCGGCGGUGAUGCCGUUUCGCUGGCGGUUCUUCAGAGGAAGAAAGACAGCAAACUAUAUUCAGCAACGAGUGUGACUACGUGACAGUGAGGGCUCUCGUUCCGUGCUUAGUAACGCAGUAACAGUAAGUGACAACGCGGGUGUAGUUGAUGUCGUUACGCAGUGCUUGAAUCGACGAAUUGUGGUAGAGUUGUGUUAGUGAACAAAGGAGGGUUUUUUGUGUACCCAAAUUCUCCUGACUACGACCCCUGUGGGGCCUGAGGUAAACGAAAAAGAAAAUCGAACGCCACGGCGGCUAGCCGCUCGCUCCCCCUAAGAGCCAGAUUUGGCUGCUGUAUAAGAAAGCUACUGCUGCAAAAUCGGCCGUGCGACCUAAACGGCUACCCUGAAUAAAAUAUUGGUCUUGAUUUUUCGUCUUGCGCAGCUUCGUCAUGCCGACCAAGGUUCAGUUUGACAAGUUGGCAUUAGAUUGGAUUGAAGGCGUUUCAGAUAUCAGCGCAGCAGUCACUCUAAACGAGGUCAAACAAACAUAUCGAUUGACAUUUGAUCAUUGUGUCAACGGUACUUGCAAACGACCUUGUGCUGCUAAUCCGCGUUGUUUAUCCGGUCUUAACGGCGCCGGAUUGGCAGCUACACUUGAUAAAACAUUAUCUACAGAGGCCCCAGUAAAAGGAGCGCGUCGGGAUAUUCCGGCAGGACUUCGUAACCUUGGUGCUACCUGCUACGUCAAUAGUCUCUUGCAGGUCUGGUUCCAUGAUCAGGAGUUCCGCAGACUUAUUUUGAAAUGGGAUCGAAAUAUUGAUCCUGGCGAAAGCGAUUCAACCCCUACUGUGCCACAGACUAUUAUUGGACAUCUGCAGCUGGUAUUUGCGCGGCUUCUAAAAUCUCCUAAAGAUACAGUGGACCCCACGGCGUUUGUCGAGUUUUUAGGCCUUGACAUCGACUAUCAGCAGGAUGCGUCGGAGCUCGCCGACUUGCUCUUCACUCGAAUAGUGGAACAGCUUCGUAUGUACCCAGAUCAGUCCUUAGCUAGCGAACUGGAAGAGGUCUUUCGUGGGGAGCUGGUCAACGUCGUUGAGUGCCAACUCUGUAACGGCGCUCGCCGAUCCCGUGAUGUGUUCUUCCGCCUCAAUCUUAAUAUUCAAGGCGUGCGGAGUAUUCAGCAAUGCCUGCGAGCGCUUGGACAGAAAAAGAACAUGGACUGCGAGUUCCGAUGUUACACGUGUUCUGGUACCGGGGGAGCAGCAAGUUACGAAGAACUUGUAGCAUUACCACCCGUGCUAAAUCUUCAGCUUCAGCGAUACAGAUUCGAUAUCAAGACUGGAACCCGUAAAAAGAUAAAGGCUACGGUGAGGUUCCCCCCUAGACUUGACAUGGCAACCUUUGUCAAAGGGAUCCCGGGUCCAUUGAUAUACGAUUUGAAAGCCGUUCUAGUCCAUCUUGGACAAACGGCCACGUCAGGUCAUUACAUCGCCAACGUAAAAGUUACGAUGCCUCAUAGUGAGGACGCCGCAUUGUCAACUACUUCAAGAUGGUUUAGGCUCAAUGACGGAACAGUGUCAGAGUCAAAAGGUCGGGCGGAGUUUGACAAAGAGCUGUCGACGGAUAAUAAUGGAGACGCGUCCGGUGAGUCGAACGGCCAUAAGGGCGAAUCGACUAACGGACAGAAUUCAGAUGGGUCCGAUGGAAGUGGCGACGAUAUUCAAAUAUUCGAAAAAAUGAAUCUGACUAGUACUAACAAUCAGGCGAGGCACACAAUCGCACACAACGAGAAUACUCUAAAUAAUGCCGCAGUCAAACCUGAACCGGUUGAUAGUGACAAAACGAACCGAUCUGCGAUUUUUCCAUCGAACAAAAAUGAUGAAGCCGAAAAGAUCGAAAAAGGAAAAGGCUUAGUGCUAGCAAAAUUAGUGACAAACAAAACCCCUAAGAAGUCGUUCAAUUUCGCAGACAAAAGUGGUAGUGAAGAGAAAAAGUUGAGCGCUGCUGACGAAGAUGAAGUUAAGAAGUCCGACAAUGAGCUUUCCUCUACGGGAGCAUACCUUCUUGUCUAUGAGAAACGAAAAACCGACAAUUCAUUAGGGCAGAAUACUGAUGGUGGUGGCGCUGCUGCAAGAGCAAGAAAACCUAUCGUAGCGCAAAGUCCCCCAUUACUCAAUUAUCUACAAAAUAUUAUUGAUAUGGAAGCAGCUGAAUUCGCAUCUCUGGAAGCUGAGGCCGCUGCCCUGCGUUCAAAAGCUGCUUUGCAGGCUCAAGAACUUCGGGCCGAACUUGUAGAGGUAUCGAAGCAACUCACAUUCAUCCCAGAAGAUGGAAAGCAACCAUGCUUUGUUGAAACUUCUUUUCUGGUUGCGUGGAUAAGGGCUACUCGAGAGCUCAUAAAAAAAUUAAAUGAAGAACAGGUGACUGUGCACUCUUCUUCCGCUGAAGCUAAACCUAUUGUUGAAGAGACUACGAACUUAUUAGAGAAAAGGUCAAAAAAUCGAAAUCGUAAAUCUGCUGUUAUUGGCUCAGAAGUUCAAAAGGACGGUGCCCAGGAGGAAGAUGAUGAACCAGAUGAUCUUACAAGGUCCAUUCGUUGUCCACACGGGCGAUUAGCACCGGAUGCUACAGGCCUUAAAAUCAUCUCAAAUGACGGAGCUAAGUUACUUAAGGAACUAUGCCAAAAACAUCAGCUGGUAGAAGCAGACCUUUUACGACAACAAGAUGUACCACAAGAGUUGUGUCGUGAAUGUGUCAUUGGUCUGGCUCGCAGAACCUUAUUAGCCGGUCGCCUUGCUGUAGACAAGAAGAAUUUCGGUAAACUUCUUCGCACGAAAGACCAACCAAUGUACUGGAUCAGUAAUCGGGCGUUACAAUCAUGGGACAAAAUGGUAGAGCGACGGCUGACACGAGAGUUGGGUUUACGAACUGAUGACGCAAACGAAGACUUCAACGGAGAACUCCUGUGCGAACACGGUAGCUUAGGGCUAAAAUCUCGCAAACAGAUUCCACAAGACGCGUGGCGUCUUAUUAGGCAAUAUUUUCCUGAUUGCGCGGAGUUUCCGUGCGAUCACCCGGAUUGUGCUUUAUGUAUGGAAGAGUCGGAGGAAGCCCAGGCAGCACAGGCCGAGCGGAAGGACACGGCAGUUGGUUUGCGUGCUCGUCUUAGUGGUCUGAUGAAAGCGCGACGGUCAUUUGAAACUGACAAGCUAAAGGGGCAUCUUUUACAUGCGGAACAAGCUGAUAUCUUGCGAAAGUUCCUGCGUUACCCAAGGGGACCUCGGCCUACCGGCUUCCGAAAUAAACUUCUAUGUCCUCAUGGGGGCACUCUCAUCGAUCAGCCCGUAUUGGUGUCAGGUGGGCUUUUGCCGGAAGAAGUAAUUUUUUUGUCGGACGCAGAAUGGAACUUACUUUGUGAAGAAUUUGCUGUACAUGGUACGGUUGAAGUCACGCGAGAACUUGCUGAACCAAACGAGACAGCGCUUCUAUCUUACGAGCCUGCGGUAUGCGAACCCUGCGUCGCAGAUGUUCGGACAAAAGCCAAGCAGGCUGCCUUGAGCUUCCAGAACGAAUGGGUCACUGUACAAUUGGUUCCGUUAGACGAGCUGUUAACAAAUAAGAUCUUGCCUACAAGAUCGGAACAGGUUCAAGACCAGGCGGAAACAGCUGAGGGUCUUGAACAGAGAUCGAGCGACACGGUAGCGCAGGCAAAACAACCACUUCUUGGUCGUGGUAAACGCGUCAAAGGAAAUCGUCUGGUGCAGAUAAGCUCAGACGAUAAAUUCGUCGACCUCAAAGUCAAGUUAAUGACACUGUUCAAUAUCAGCCCACUGCUUCAAGUAAUCGUUCUUAAUGGUUAUAUGAUUGAGGCCGAGGGCGACGUACUGCUGAAAGAUAUUGGUCUUAAACCCGGCUCGGUAAUCUAUAUCGGGGAGAGGAAUGAAGACGCAGACGAGCCCGACGAUGAUCAGGAGCCUAGUAAAAAACGGACUAAGAAAGUAGAACAUGGCUUCGCGGGCACGAAGCUGAUGGGAUGAAUUUGCGCACACUUCGCGUGCUUUUCGCAAAAUGCUGUCGAAGCAUACUUCAAUAAUGAUCGUGUUAGCGUUAUUUAUAACGCUAAUUUUACUCAAGUUGUACAUUUCUGCUAUUCAAGGUUAUUCAUACACAGACGAUGAGGAAGUAAACGCAGAUUUGCUGCCUUUGUGUAAAGCUACCACUUCUGAGAUUGGACGUGAGCUACGAUGCAAACGGGGAAUUAUGCCGGAAAAAUAUGUAUAUAUGAGCUUAAUCUCGGAGGAGUACAUAUAUGACAAGUGUCUUUUCUGUAGGUAGACCUAAAGAUCUGCCCAAUAAGAAUAUGACGGCAAAAUAAGGUUGUACUCCUGGCUUGCUGUUACUUUGUAAAAAGUUCUCUCGUUGUAUUACUAUUAGUAUUAUUCCUUUUAUUAUUAUUAUAAACAUAUUAUAUCGUGGGCGUAACAUGUUGUCUUCUAAGCGCAGUGGGGUAGAGUUGAUGGAUCUAGAGGGAUAUGAAAACAGGACGUUUAGCACGUCAGAGACAUAGAGGAUCUAACGACGAUUGGAAAUAUAAUUAAGUAAGAAUAAACAUAAAUAUAAAGUUAUACGAGAAUCUA